GAGCGUUCACUGACUCUUUGUCUACAAGAAGAAAUGGCAAAGCGAGAAAUUAAGGCUUUUGGUGACAAACUCUGCUGUUCGAUCUGUUUGGAUCUGCUGAAGGAUCCGGUGACUAUUCCCUGUGGACACAACUACUGUAUGAACUGUAUUAAAGGCUGCUGGGAUGGAGAGGAUCAGAAGCACACCCACAGCUGUCCUCAGUGCAGACGGACCUUCAUACCAAGGCCUGCUCUGGCGAAAAACACCAUGUUAGCAGAGUUAGUGGAGGAGAUGAAGAAGACUGGACUCCAAGCUGCUCCUGCUGAUCACUGCUAUGCUGGACCUGGAGAUGUGAGCUGUGAUUUCUGCACUGGGAGGAAGCUGAAAGCCAUCAAGUCCUGUCUGCAGUGUGUGGUCUCUUACUGUGAGCAGCACCUCCAGCCUCAUUACAAUGUAGCUGCAUUAAAGAAACACAUACUGGUCAGCCCCUCUGAGAAUCUUCAGGAGAACAUCUGCACUAAUCACAAUGAGGUGAUGAAGAUUUUCUGCCGCACUGAUCAGCAGUGUAUCUGUUAUCUGUGCUCCAUAGAUGAACAUAGAGACCACUGCAUCGUCUCAGCUGCCACUGAAAAGAAUGAGAGGCAGAAAGAGCUGAAACUGUGUCAUGAAAAAAUUCAUCAGAAAAUCAAGGACAGGGAGGCAGAUGUGAUGGUGUUCCAACAGCGGAUGGAGGCCAUCAAUUACUCUGCUGAUGAAGCAGUGAGGGACAGUGAGAAGAUCUUCAAUGAGCUGAUGCUCCUCAUUGAGAAGAGAAGCUCUGAUAUCAAGCAGCAGAUCAGAUCCCAGCAGGAAACUGAACUAAACAGAACCAGAGAGCUUUUACAACAAGUCCAACAAGAGCUCAGUGAACUGAAAAGAAAAGAUGUUCAACUGGAAGAGCUCUCUCACACAGAGGAUCUUAUCAGGUUUCUGCACACAUUCCCAUCGCUCUCAUAUAUUUGUGAAUCCACCUUAUAUAAGGCACCUCGCAUCACACUUCCUCCUAUGGCGUACUUUAAGGAUGUGGUGGGAGCUGUAUCAGAGAUGAAGGAUGAACUACAGCGCAUGCUUUCUGACAGAUGGCAAAAACGUUCACAGACAGAGCAUUCACUGACUCUUUGUCUACGAGAAGAAAUGGCAAAGCGAGAAAUUAAGGUUGUUGGGGACAAACUCUGCUGCGCGAUCUGUUUGGAUCUACUGAAGGAGCCGGUGACUAUUCCCUGCGGACACACCUACUGUAUGAAGUGUAUUAAAAGGCAUUUUGAUGAAGAGGAUCAGAAACAAAUCUACAGAUGCCCUCAGUGCAGACAGACCUUCGUACCGAGGCCUGCUCUGGUGAAAAACACCACGUUGGCAGGUUUAGUGGAGGAGAUGAAGAAGACUGGACUCCAAGCUGCACUUUCUGAUCACUGCUACAGUGGACCUGAAUAUGUAGCCUGUGAUUUUUGCAUUGGGAGGAAGCUGAAAGCCAUCAAGUCCUGUCUGCAGUGUGUGGUCUCUUACUGUGAGCAGCACCUUCAGCUUCAUCACAACGCAACUGCAUUAAAGAAACACAAACUGGUCGACCCAUUGAAGAAGCUUCAGAAGAACAUCUGCCCUCACCACAAUGAGGUGAUGAAGAUCUUCUGCCGCACUGAUCAGCAGUGUAUCUGUUAUCUGUGCUCCUUAGAUGGACAUAAAGGUCAUGGAACGAUCCCAGCUUCAGUAGAAAGGACUGAAAGGCAGAAAGAGCUGAAGUCACGUCGUGAAAAAAUUCAGCAGAGAAUCAAGGACAGAGAGGAAGCUGUGAUGGUGUUUCUGCAGGAGGUAGAUGCCAUCAAUCACUCUGCUGACAAAGCUGUGAGUGACAGCGAGAAGAUACUUAAACAGCUUUUCUUUCUCAUCAAGAAAAAAACUUGUGAUAUCCAGCAGCAGAUCAGAUCUCAGCAGGAAACUGAAGUGAAUCGAGCCAAAGAGGUUCUGGAAAAACUGCAACAAGAACUCAGUGAGCUGAAAAGAAAAGACGCUGAACUGGAGCAGCUCUCUCACACAGAGGAUCACACCCAGUUUCUGCACAUGUUCCCGCUGAUCUCAAAUCUCAGGGAAUCUGCAAUGGUACCUUCUGCUAAAUCUUCUCCUCUGCUGGACUUCGAGGACGUGGUGGCUGCUCUCUCAGAGCUAAAAGAUAAACUGCAGAACGUUCUUCAGGAAGGAUGGCAAAAAGGUUCACAGACAGUGAUGGGUGUAGAUGUCCUGCUGCCACCACCAGAGCCCCAAACCAGAGCUGAAUUCUUACAGUUUUCCACCCAGCUGACACUGGAUCCAAACACUGUAAACACGCGGCUGUUAUUAUCUGAAAGAAACAGAAGAGUGACAUUUGUGAGUAAAAAACAGGUUUAUCCUGCUCACUCUGAGAGGUUCAUGAACAGGUCUCAGGUCCUGAGCAGAGAACGUCUGACUGGACGCCAUUACUGGGAGGUGGAGUGGAGCGGGUUUGGUAUUUAUGUAGCAGUCGCAUACAAAAGCAUAAGCAGAGCAGGAGGUGAAAGUGAAUUUGGAAACAACAGCAAAUCUUGGGCAUUAGCAUGUUCAUACAAAUAUGAAUUCACUCAUGACAAAUACUACACAUCUAUCUCAGGCUGUCCAUCUUCCAGAAUUGGAGUGUUCCUGGAUCACAGAGCAGGAAUUCUGUCGUUCUACAGCAUCUCUGAAACCAUGACUCUCCUCCACAGGGAGCAGACUGCUUUCACUCAGCCUCUGUAUGCCGGACUCAGGGCGUAUCAUUUCUUAGGUUCAGAGUCUUCUGCUGUGUUUUGUGGGGUUCAGCAGUCAGAAACUGCUCCACAAUGACCUGCUAAUAUUUGGUUUUGACCUUUUUAAUGAUGUGUUUUUAUUGCUCGCCUAAAACAAUGUUUUUCUUUAAAUGUUUUGCAGAUGCUGCUUUCUGUAGAAUCCAUGUAUAAUAAAGAAUUUUCAUCUUGUGUGGACAUCAUGAAAAAACAGGG